AUGGAAAAUUUAAAAAUAGUCAAUCAAGUUUAUCAAAACAUUUGGCAGAAUACAUUAUGGUUUGGUAGAACUAUCUAUUUAGGUGGUAUUAAUUAUACAAAGUCUAUUGAAAAUGGAUUAUUUAUACCAGGUAUUCAGAAUAUUCAUAAUAAAUAUCAACGUUUUCAAGGUUGUAUUACUAGGGUAACAAUUAAUGGUUUACGUUUGGAUUUACAAUCAGCUUUUCAAGCACGUAUACGUUAUUUACAAAGUAUCCAACAUGAAAAAAUUCAUACAAUUACAAAAUUUUCUUUACCCUUAAAGUGUGACAAUAAUAAUGUUACAACAGAAAUGUUCUCAAAUAUUUGCUCAUCAUUUGAUUCUAAUAAAUUAUCAUGUUCAUUAAAUAAACAAUAUCAUCACCAUCAUCAUUAUUAUUAUUAUCAUCGAAGAGAGAGAUUAUUAAAUUCAUAUUUGUAUAACUUCACUGAAUUAAAAGAUUCUACACCAAUUAUACAUUUUAAUGGAUUACAAUUAAUACGUAUACAAUUGCCUGUUCAACAAUAUUCAUCAUUAUUAUGGAUUGUAUUUAUGUUUCAAACGAAUUAUUUAAAUGAAACUAUUUUAUAUACAAUACCUAAUUUACAAUAUGAAUUAAAUAUGAUAGAUAAGUUUAUAUCAAAGAAAAUAGAUAAGAAGAUAUUCACAUAUGAAGAGAUAAAUCAAUUUAUUUUACCUGUACAACAAUUAAAACAACAACAAAAAAUGAAUCAACAAUUCAUUUACAAUGAGACGGUUGACAACUUUGAAAUAUCACUUGUAAAUGGUUAUAUACAUGUGAAAUAUAUUGUCAGUAAUCAACAUGAAGUAUAUGAAUUACCUGUCUUUUUAUCCGAUGGAAAAUGGCAUUAUUUUGAAUUGAUUCAUAACAAUUCAUAUAUAACUGUUUAUUUGGAUAAAAAUGUAUUUAGUCAAAGGACAAAUUUAACCAUUACAGAAUUACCUGUUCAACAAAUAAUUAUCGGAUCAUCCAAUUCAUAUGAAUCGUCAUUAUUACCAAUAAAUUCUAAGGUUAACCAAAUUACUAGUUAUAAUGGUAAUAUUGCUCAUUUUUUAUACAAUGGUAUCGAAUUAAUGUCAUACAAGAAAAAACAUGUACACAUUCAAUAUCCAUUAAAUGAAAGUAAUUUAGAAAAUAACUUUGAAUUUACACUUAAUCAAUGGGUGAUUGAAUUUACUGCCCAAUUAUUUGAAUAUAACGUAGGAUCUAAGCCAACCAGUUAUGACUUCCCUGUACAAUUUAAACAAUCCAAAUGUUAUCUUUCAAUAAUCAAUAAACAUUUCGAAAAUGUGCCAUUACUUGUUAAGUUUUCUUUUAAAACAUCAAUUGAUCAAGGUAUAUUAUUAUUUAUUUUAAACAAAUUAAAUGACAAUUUUCUACUUAUUGAAUUAUUCAGUGGUCAUUUAUUAUUCUCAAUACAUUUUAAUAAUGAACAAAUAACAAAGAAGAUAACAACAUUGUCAAUAAAUAAAGAAGUAUUGUUUAAUGAUUCACAAUGGUAUACAGUUGAAUUAUCACAAGAGAAUGAAGUAAGUGACAUAUUGACAAUUCGAAUAAAUACACAAACAUCAAUUGAAACAUCCACUAAUAUAGAUUUAAAUGAAUUGCUUAAUUAUAAACAAUCAUUUUCAAAUUAUGUAAUCAAUAUUGGUGGUUGUUCUUUGUCAGAUUUUAUGAAAUUUCAAGGUAAAAUCAAAUCUAGAUUUCACUUUCAAGGUUGUAUUGCCAAUUUCCAAUUGAAUCACCAUCCAACAAUCAAUCUUCUACAAAUGGCUAAAAUUUAUCCGAGUCUUGAUUGUAACGAUCAUAUAGUAUAUGGAUGUGAAUCAAUGACUUCUGGUUGUGCAUCAUCACAAAAUAGAAAUAAUAAUAUCUAUCCAUUUCAGUCAAGUCUUCAUGAUUUAGAAUCUAGCGAUGAUUCGAGAAAUGUAUAUAUGUGUUAUAAUGAUGGAGAAUGUUUGGACAAAUUAAAUACAUUUUAUUGUGCAUGUGAUUUGACUACGUUUCAAGGUCAUCAGUGUAACGAAGUUGGUACGACUUUGCAUUUUGGUAAAAUCGGUUCAAUCAAUGCCCAUUUGUUCAAUUCUAAUGAAACUUUAACUAAUGCAAAACAAUAUACUGGAUUUGUACAGUUUGAAAUUGAGUACAAUGAUUUAUAUACCGUAAAUGAUAUAUUCACUUUCGGACUACAAUUAGAUAUAAAAAGGUUGCAUCAUACUGACAAGUUGAAAUCAAUUGAUAAUGAUUUUAUCACUUUGUUAUUUGCUGGAAAUCAAUUUCAAAAUAACUUGACUUAUCUUCAUAUCUAUUUAGAACAAGGAUAUUUAAAAUGA